AUGAGAAUGAAUGAGAAUGAACAAGGUGAUUCGGAUGAACAGGAAAGGGAAGGCAACAUACACGAUAUCUGGAGGAAAGAAAUCAAUCCUAACAUUGCUUCAAUUUUCUGGCGAGACGGAAAGGGAAGUUGUGUUUGCAAAAAGUCUGGGUUUUAUGAAGUGUUGAGCACUCGGAUCCGAUUUUGUGUCGAUGGUGGACCGAGAGAGAAUUUCAAUAGUGCAAGCCAUAAAGAAAUUGUGCUACCUAGACUGACGCUAGGGUGGAAUGUCUCAUUCAUGCUGAUUGGUCUCCAUCCAGACUUGGGUCACAAGACUCGAAUUCACAAAACAGGAUUGAAGGAAAGUGGUCACCAAGAUCAUCCGGAAGACUAUCAAAAGCAAUGCCUCCUCCUACCAAUUUUGUCCCAGCUUCAUUCCACGUCUCAGACUUUCUCUCCUAACAAAUACUCUCGUCCCUUGCUCUGGGACAUCGUCAAAAAAAUCGUGCUAUACAGCUACGCACACAUUGGUCACGGCCAUCAAGUUCAACUGCUGGCACCUGGAAACAUUUUCAAUCGAAUUUCGGUCAAGAUUUUUUCCACGAGCCUUAAGCUCAUCACUCAAAAAGUAGCACCUACUUCCAAGUUCUGUCGAAACGACUGUGCAACUUCUCCUGUGGUUCUUGGAGUCUACCCGCGUACCUCAGCAGGACCUUACGUACACUGUAGUCAGCUACCGUUGUUUGCUGAUGACUCUUGCAAGGACGAUAAUUCCUCACGUUCAGUGGCUGAUGUUGAGCUCAUCGACCUAAGCACAACUGAUGAAGAAGCCCUCAAUUUUUGGGAAUCUGGACGCGUCAACCACGAAACCGAAAGACAUAUAUCUCUCACCGAUGGGAAAAUCUCUGAUUCAUCAUCAAUCAUCGAGUCUAUCUCUAUGAAGCCACAGCAGCCCUUAACCGAAGAACAUGCUCCAAGUGAUAUUCCCGCAACAACAUCGGCUUCUUCUCGUAGUUUUGAAUUCGGAAGUCUCGACCGUGUCUCUGAGAACAACUGUCCACUAUCUGAGUUCGGGACUGAAUUUAUUGAUGAUGUCAUGAACGAUAUGAAAAACCGCAAACCUUCAAGCAGCACUAGCAACGUACCUCUCUCAAUCAGACCAGCAUGUACGAGCCCAGAACAACUCAAAGUACAUCGUAAAACACACUUUGAUCGCAUCAUGACUACCGAGAAUUGGAAUGAAGCGUACCAACAGAUUUUGCGCGAAUUCCAACACGAGGUUCACGAUCAAGAAUACCAAAACUGCGAUGAAGUUGAAUUGUCAUUUUCUAGUUUGGACCCCAUAUCCCAGCAGUCCCUCUCCGCCCCAUCGUCUCCUCUCAAUCCAGGGUAUGAGUCCCAAACUGCCGCACAGCCGUUCGCUCCGUUCAACGUCGUAUCAGAGGAGGCUCAGGCUUGCUGGAGAUCGAUUCCGGACCAUUUGAAGACUAUAGAACAUUGGAACGCAGGAUUCAAUGAAAACAUACGCCAAAUGCAAAUGGGACCAGAAGAAGAAGACGAACCCGGUCACUCUCCAGAUCCCUUUUCGACUAUCGCAGCUCUCGAAUCCCAGUCUGAAGAUGCCGAGUCGGAUCUUGAGUUUGUCCAACCACCUGGAAUCUCGAAUUUCAAAGAAGAGUUUGAAGACUUCCACAAAUCACCUGAUGCAAAGAAUUCAUCUCACUGGAGAACCUCGUCGAUAGGUGCAUUGUUGGAUUUAGAAUGGAAAGAUGCAGCCAAACAACCAUCGGACAAACCAGAGGUGGGAUUGACUCAUAUACCACCUGACUUUCCUCCUUCUCAUGAGCGUAACUUGUCAUUAUGCUCUUCCAUUGGAUCAUCUAGUUCUUUAUCUUCAGUUUCCACACAACAAAGUCCAAUAAUCCCUUCUCCAACUUUGAUUUCCUCAAAUACUUUUGUUUCUAACUGA